UCUGCCCAGGAAAGCCCGAUAAUGGCACCAUCACCUCCUCCGACACAACGAUGCUCCGAUGAUCCCGUCCUCAUCAUCGGCGCUGGAAUCAGCGGCUUACUUCUUGCUCAGCAUCUCCUUCAUCGCUCUGUGCCCUUCCGCAUCUUCGACCGCGAUGCCGAUUUCACGACUCGUGGAGUUGGUUGGGGCUUGACCUUGCACUGGUCUCUCCCCGCCAUUCGCACGCUUCUCCCCGACAAAUUGGUUCAGCGUUUGCCAGAGACAUAUGUCGACCGUGACGCGGUGGAGCGAGGAGAGACAUCCAGGUUUCCUCUCUACGACCUGGCCACGGCUAAACUCGAAGCCGCCACACCGCCAGCCACCGAGGCCCAGCGUAUUCGCGUCACCCGUGAAGGUCUCCGCCAGCUCAUCGCCGAGGAUAUCCCGAUCGAAUGGUCCAGGGCGUUCUCCUCCUUUGAGCAACAUGGCGAGCGCAUCACUGUCAAGUUUGACGAUGGUUCAGAGGCCACUGGUCGCCUCGUCGUCGGGUGUGAUGGCAGCACAUCCCGCGUCCGUCGCGCCGUGUUCCCUGACCAACACAGAGGAUACCACCUUCCAAUCCGCGUUCUCGGUUUCACAGCCAAAUAUACAGCACCAGAGAUUGCUCCUAUGAAGGCGCUUGACCCCUUCUUCCUCCAAGCCACCUCGUCUCAAGAUAACAACUUCAUGUACUUCAGCAUCCUCGACGCCCCGGGAAACACACCCCAGCCAAACAAGGCAGACUCUGUCUCCAUGUACACCGGCCAGGUUGUGGUGUCCUGGCCCUACCGAUCGGGUUUUCUGUACCGAGACUCUCCCCUCGAUUUUCCCGAGAACGAAGAUGCCAAGCGAGCCCUCAUCAGCUCCUUCGCCCAAGCGUGGGCGGAGCCGUUCCGUUCCGUCGCCAUGGGCGUUGCAGCCAGCGCCGAGGUCAAGCAGCUAGAGUUGCAGGACUAUGUUCCUGGUGAGGGUCUGCGAAGCGCGGGCCGAGUAGUGCUCAUGGGAGAUGCCUUUCACGCCAUGACCAUGUACAGGGGUGAGGGUGCAAACCACGCAGUUCUGGAUGUGCUCGACUUUUCUGAGAAGGUCAGUCCGUGCCUCGAAACUGGCGAGGGGGACCUGCGGGCUGCGUUGGAUGUGUAUGAGGAUGGAGUAGUCAAAAGAGUGAGGCCGGCUGUGCUGGCUGCUCGAAGAGCUUGCCUUGAUGCACAUGAUUGGACCAGGAUCAUGCCUACUAGCCCGCUAUUGACGAGGAGGGAGGCCUUCAUGCACUAUGAGGAAACAGAACCUUGGGAGGCAUAAGGUGCCAUGUCCGUAUUUACACUGCGUCGCGUUUGAUUCAUAAGUUACUGCUGUGUCAUGCUCCUCAGUUGAUAGGAUCUACAAGUUCGUCUUCUAUGCCUACCGUAAAAUGAACGAUCUUCAUCGUGCAUGCGAGGUCCUGAGUCGUGGACAAAUACAGUGAUCUACACCAUCUCAAACAAGGGCCUGUCACAUCUAUCCACUCCAUCUAGAGAUCUAAGCGGCCCGCCGCUUUACUGGAUGAUGAUGUUGCGGCCGCGUUAUCGUCCACCUGAACAGAAUACGUCAUGGAUUUGACAAUGGAGUGCUCCGGCAGCGUCGAGAGAAUGUUCUCUUCGCUGUUGCUCCUAUCAUUCGCCGAAACGAACGCGCUCUUGUCGCGCCCGACAUCGCUGAGCUUGUAACGGUCGCCACUUUUGCCUCCAAGGACAUGCGAUCCCGAACGGCCGUACCCGCUGGU